AUGGGAACCCGAGAAAGCCCUUUCAUGUAUCUUCAUUUUUUAAUCCUACUCAUCGUCUCUUCCCUGUUCUUCUAUUGCAUCAGUGCCAAUGCAGAAACCUACAGCAUUCUGAAUCUAUCAGACACACUCAGUUUCUCUGACCAACUGGCUUCCAACAAGAACAAUUUCACUUUGGGAUUCUUUAAUCUCACCGACACUAACAACUCUUACUUAGCCAUCUGGUAUUCUAAGGACUCUUUAACCCCAGUUUGGAUAGCCAACAGAGACACCCUUAUUGCUCUUAAUGAUAUCCCAAAUCUCACCAUUGACAGCACCGAAAAGUUGGUGAUUAAUCGAACCCAUGCAAACCUUAUUCAUCCAUGUCCGGCGGAAACCACUACUACCACUGCAAGUGGCAGCUGGAAUAUUAGUGCCGUCCUGAUGGACAAUAAGAAUCUGGUCCUAAGAAGAGAAUUCCGAUGGAUCUGCUGUAUGAAACUUGGCGUGAAUCAUAGAACAGGAAAGAAUUGGUCUCUAACCUCAUGGCUGGCUUCAAAUGACCCAUCUCCAGGACCUUUCACUCUAAAAUGGGACCUCAGUGUACUCCAGCUAGUCAUUCGGCAACGAGGCAUGGUGUUUUGGGCUAGUGGGGUCUUGAAAAGCAACUCAUUUGAACAUAUAUCGGUCUCCAAUUUCACUGAGUUGAGCUUUUAUAAUCUGAAAUCCACUAGCACUACAGAUGAGGAAUUCUUCAGUUAUUCCUUGAAAGAAGUCCCUAAUGUUAAUAAUACAAGCAUGCUAUGGCGGAUGGAUCACAAGGGAAACCUAUAUGAUGAGAACAAUGAGGGAUUAAACUUGCAGGAUUUAUGUUAUAAGUACAACACAGAUGACGGAUGUGUAAAAUGGACACAACCAGAGUGUAGGAGUUACAAUAUAAUGUUUAAGUUAAUCACUGGGAACUCUGUCAAUGGUGAUUCCUAUUAUAAUGAAAGCAUUGGACCCGGUGAUUGUAGAGUAAGGUGCUGGAAUGACUGUGAUUAUCGAGCUUACCAGUAUGGAGAAAAGAUGGGUUGCCUCACGUAUGGCUAUCAAGUCCAGUUUAACACAGAUCUAUCUGGGGCAUCAGUAGGAAGAUAUUAUCUUAUCCAACAUCCACAAAACAGGAACGCCAAGAAAUGGAUUAUUAUAGUAACAGUUUCUAUCAUUAUGUUGUUACUGUCUGUCAUUAUCAUUAUCUUCUACAGGAAAUGGAAAAGAAAAGGAGGGAUAACAGAGGACCAUGUGCUUCAACUGAUGACAGCAACUGAUGAUUUACACAAUGCAGAUGAGCUUGAAUUUGAUAAUGCCUUUCCUCAAAAUUUGAAAAUCUUUGGCUUUGUAUCUAUUGUUGAAGCUACAUCUAACUUUCAUGCAUAA